AAAGCUGUGAACACCAGCAAGCGAGGAAGCGGUCAGUCGCUUCAAGAUGUCGUCUCUGAAUGACAGAUCAGUUUGGGACGAAGUGGAGGAUGGGAUUGGUGAGGAAGUCUUAAAGAUGUCUACUGAGGAAAUCGUGCAGCGGACACGACUCCUGGAUAGUGAAAUAAAGAUCAUGAAGAGUGAAGUGCUGCGAGUCACCCACGAGUUGCAAGCUAUGAAAGACAAGAUUAAAGAAAACACAGAGAAAAUUAAAGUGAAUAAGACUCUACCCUACCUCGUCUCCAAUGUCAUAGAGCUGCUGGAUGUGGACCCAAAUGACCAGGAGGAGGAUGGGGCCAAUAUCGAUCUGGACUCCCAGAGGAAGGGAAAGUGUGCUGUCAUAAAAACGUCCACGAGGCAGACGUAUUUCCUUCCUGUGAUCGGCUUGGUGGAUGCUGAGAAGCUGAAGCCUGGAGAUCUUGUGGGUGUCAAUAAGGACUCAUACUUGAUUCUGGAGACACUGCCCACUGAAUAUGACUCUAGAGUGAAGGCCAUGGAGGUAGAUGAGAGGCCUACUGAGCAGUACAGUGAUAUUGGUGGCUUGGACAAACAGAUCCAGGAGUUGGUGGAGGCGAUUGUCCUACCCAUGAACCACAAGGAGAAGUUUGAGAAUCUGGGCAUCCAGCCCCCAAAGGGUGUUCUGAUGUACGGACCACCAGGCACGGGAAAAACCCUGCUGGCCAGAGCCUGCGCUGCACAGACCAAGGCAACAUUCCUGAAGCUGGCAGGCCCUCAGCUGGUGCAGAUGUUCAUAGGAGACGGCGCAAAGCUGGUGCGUGACGCCUUUGCACUGGCUAAGGAGAAAGCCCCUUCCAUCAUCUUUAUCGAUGAGCUGGAUGCCAUCGGCACUAAGCGCUUUGACAGCGAGAAGGCUGGAGACAGAGAGGUGCAGAGGACCAUGCUGGAGCUACUGAACCAGCUAGAUGGCUUCCAGCCCAACAUGCAAGUCAAGGUCAUCGCUGCCACUAACAGGGUUGACAUUCUGGACCCUGCACUGCUGCGCUCUGGCCGGCUGGACCGCAAGAUCGAGUUCCCAAUGCCGAACGAAGAGGCCCGCGCUCGCAUCAUGCAGAUCCACUCACGCAAAAUGAACGUCAGCCCUGAUGUAAACUAUGAGGAACUGGCCCGCUGCACAGAUGACUUUAAUGGAGCCCAGUGUAAAGCAGUAUGUGUGGAGGCAGGCAUGAUUGCACUGCGUCGCGGUGCCACAGAGCUAAAUCAUGAAGACUACAUGGAGGGUAUUCUGGAGGUACAGGCUAAGAAGAAGGCGAACCUGCAGUACUAUGCUUAAACGUGUGUGUGUGUGUGUGUGUGUGUGUGUGUGUGUGUGUGUGUGUGUG